AUAAUAUCAACAAGUCUAUUCGAAAGUUCCGGAUCCAGGUAUUAGAGCCAGAGAUAGGCAAAGACAAUACACCGACUCUCCCACAUAAGUCACUAGAGGAUUCAGUGACCUGGGUCCGAGCAAGUUUAGCAUGUGCAAUUUCUCAAUCCAGAGACGUUUAUACGACUCGAAGAAGCACCUCACUCCUUCUCCUUGAUCUUAAGAAGCAUAUUUAUCCUUAUUGCUAUUGGGUGAGCUUGCUUAGGAAUCAAAAUAAAUCAUGCUGCUUGAGUGACGCAUUCGGCUGUUUGAUCUCGGUAUGUCUUCAGUCUUACAAUAUCUGCCUUGAUUUUUUAACUGCAUUUCACUUAUAUAGGUACCUACUAUAGGCUACUAUAGGUGGUGUUGAAAUCGACUCUGCUAUUCUCAGAUGCCUAGACGAACUCGCACAGAUGUUCUACCACGCCGAAGAUUAUCUAGCUCUUUGCGCAUCUCGCACUCUUAACAAGCCUCUUCAUGAGGAUACCGUUCAGACGUUUGAAAUCUUAGUAAUACUACUCCAAGAAUUACUCGAGUAUGCCUGGAGAGGUAACAAAUUAAAUAAAAGCCAGAAACAAAAUAUAUCACUCCAGACGGACGAGCUCAAGAAAAGUCUUUUUGAAAUGAAUAUAAAGUCCAAAACACUAAAGAACCCAAUCAGGGCAAACGACCUCAAUACAUACCACAGCGGAGAUCUUGGUUUAUACGUCCUUCGAACUCUCAAGACGUUCCUCAACUCGGCCGCUUCACAUAAUUCGGCAGAUGACAUACCCUACCGCAGGAAAGAGGCUUCGAGAGAAAGUGUGCCGUGCAAGGCAAACGACGGCCUCUCUCCCGCCACGGUAGCAACACAGUACCUACUCCACGAUCAAAGCCGAGUAAUCCAAGAUUUCGAAGAUGCCGCAUCGCCAAGCAACAUCGGCAGCGAGGAGAUGCGCCAGCUAUCCACCUUGACCAGACGAGAGGAAUUCAAAAUCUGGCUGCAGGAAGACAGCAAAGCUACAAAGCUCCUCAUACACGGCGGCCUCGACGACAGCAGCACCCUCUCCGCCCUCUCCUACCUCUGCGCCCGCAUCCCCAUGGAAUACCUCCGGAAAACCCGCACUGGAUUCAUAUGCCUGCAUUACUUCUGCAGCCUGCGAAGAGCGCGUCGCGAAGACCCCGCCGACGCAUUCGACAUCGUGCGCAGCCUCUGCGGCCAGCUCCUCGCGCACGCCGAGGUAGCCUCCGAUUUCGACCUAAGUUUCCUCGACAAGAAAUGGCUGCACGGGGUCCGCGAGCACGACUUCGUCAAAACAUGCCAGUUGUUUCUGCGCCUCCUGAAGCAGCUCGACAGGAAGAAGAUAGUUGUGUUCUGCUUCGUAGACUCCAUCUCGCUGUACGAGACGGGCAGCCUACGACACAAUACCGAGAGGCUCUUUUCGUCGCUUGAGGAGUAUUCCAAGUCCCAAAGACGCCGGCGGAGAGGUAACCGGCCGAAGCUGAUAUUUAAGCUGCUUGUGACGGAUGCCAUGGCGACUGGUUAUGUGCGCAAGUAUUUUAGGAGAAAGGGGGAAAUGAUCGAUAUGGAUGAAAGCGACGAGCGUGGCGAUAAUGACGAUGUAGAUUUGGAUGUUCUUUACGGUUGACUUUUAACUUAGGUACACAUACGGUAACGGGUGGACCGAACCUCUUAACAAAACAAAUCGUUUGCCUCAGCAAUAGCCUUGCCGUGGGCCUCUGCAGACAUGUUUCCCUAUCACGUCGUCGCGAGGCUUGAACUUGCGGACGGUGAACUCUGGCAGCCCUUUUCGUGGCUCCCCGUUUUGCAGAUGAGCGUUUCGAGAGUCGAUAGUUGCUCCCGUCUGGGCAACGAUAUUGAAGCCUCUCCAUAACCUUAUAUAUAUUCAAAGGUUCACAGGAUGUAAAUGGCUUCGGUUUUUACAUACCAUCGGCUACAUCACCAGCUAAACUGAAAUGGCAAUACGCCAAUACAGGCUCUGACUUCCUACCCCCG